AUGAGCUCCGACGCCAUUCGCCCUCGUGGCCGGCCGGCUCACCCUCCGGGCCCGACAGUAUUGGCAUACACGCCCGACGGCCGACGAGUCAUUACCGGCGGGUCAAACCAGGCUAUUCGUAUCUAUACGGUCGGCGAGGAUGGUGAGCCGAAGACGGUCGACGGAGCCAUCGACGGGCACUGUGCAAUUGGCGCCACGAACAAAUGCUUUCUUAUGGGCGCGGAGGAUGGUACUGUCUGGCAGUACGACGCUGUGACUGGCCAACAGGGGCUCUUGCUUCUGCGAUGCGCGUUGCCUAUCAGAGACAUUGCGGUGUCCAGAGAUGGGGAGUGGGCUGCAGUGGCGAGCGAUGAGCUUACAGUCAAGAUUGUAAAGAUCGAGGACAUGACCCAGACCAAAUACCUCCGCGAGCAAGAGAAAGGAACCAAGCACGUCACCUUCGACCCCACUGGCCGCUACGUGGCCGUCUCCGAUAUCAACGGCAAACUCUACAUCUACUCGCUGACCGAAGAGGAGCCGGAGCUGGUGCGCAAACUCGACGGAGUCAUUCGAGCUCUCGAGCCGGAGAAGGAGGCUACAUCCAAAGCCGUCUGGCACCCCGACGGCACGGCAUUUGCGGUGGCAGAAGCAACCAGGGAUAUUUCCAUCUACUCGAUUUCGGAGUGGAAGAAAGAAAAGACCUUCGCUGGAGGACACACUAGCGACAUCACUGCGCUGAGCUGGUCUCCCAAUGGAACGCUCCUGGCAUCCGCGGGCGCCGACGGGCAGAUUGUGCUCUGGGAAACAAAGACACAAAAAAUCCUGCAGCGCUUCGAUUUUGCCAACGUUAUCAACCUCGCGUGGCACCCGAACAAGAACUCCUUGUCAUUUACCAACUCGGACGGAGAGCUGUUCAUUUACGACAACUUUGUUCCCAAGGACCAGGAGGGUCACCUUGCAAAGUCCCUGCAGGCUGCUCCUAUCUUCCCCGGUCCAUUGACCGAGAUCUCCAACAAUGCCAGACAGACACUGGCGGACCGGUCUCGAGAUGCCGUGAAGCGGGCGGCACGGGCAGGCACACCCGACUCGCUGGAUGAUAUUCUCGGCGAGGAUGAGGAAAUGGCUGAUUUUGUUGAAGAUGACGAUGGAGCUGGAUAUGCGGAGGGGCUCAAUGCGUUCGGAAAGCGGCCCAACGGUCACCUGGAUGCUAUAGACGGUCCCGAGAGCAAGCGAGCUUUCUCAGGGUCCGUCCAGCCUAUGGCUCACCCGCCCCUUCAGCCCGGAAGUACGCCCUGGGCAGGCAAUCGGCGAUAUCUUUGCUUGAAUUUGACUGGCGCUGUCUGGACCGUCGACCAGGAGACACAUCACACCGUCACCGUUGAAUUCUACGACCGAGAGGCUCACCGGGACUUCCACUUCACGGAUCCAUAUCAAUAUGACAAGGCCUGCCUUAACGACAACGGUACACUCUUCUCCAACAACCCCGAGGAUGGUCCUGCCACAAUCUUUUAUCGGCCACACGAGACUUGGACUACGCGAGCUGACUGGCGGACUGCGCUGCCAGAAGGAGAGACAGUCCGAGCUCUGGCACUCAGCGAAUCUUACAUUGUCGCUAUCACAUCGAAGGACUACGUACGAGUCUACACUCUCUUUGGGACACCCUUCCGAGUGUACCGUCAAAAGAGCCAGGCCGUGACCUGCUCCGCAUGGCGGGAUUAUAUCAUGACCAUUGGCAAUGGUCCUGUUUCAGCCGAUGGCCGACAGACGACAUUGCAGUACACGGUUGAGAAUGUCAAGCGAGAUGAGAUCUGCCAAAAUGAGGACGUGGUUGCUCUGCCAUCGGGGGCUCAACUCCAGAGUGUUUUCUUCUCUGACAUGGGGGAUCCCUGCAUUUACGAUACGACCGGUGUACUUUUGGUGCUGCAGCACUGGCGCAUGGCUGGCCAGGCACGAUGGGUACCUCUCCUGGACACAAGCCAACUUGCUCGUCUUGCCGGUGGCCGCAAGGAAGAGACAUACUGGCCCGUGGCAGUUGCCCAGGACAAAUUCCACUGUAUCAUCCUCAAGGGUGGCGACAAGAAUCCGUACUUCCCCCGGCCCCUGCUCAGCGAGUUUGACUUCCAGGUGCCUAUCUCAAGUAAACCGGUGAAUGAUCUCAGCGACGAAGAUGCGGCUGCUGGCAACGAGAACGCCCGCUUCGAGGAGACUUUCGUUCGCGGCAGUGUUAUGUUGUCACUCUUCCGCGACUUGCUGGCUUCUACCAAUGCGACAUCAUCUCAACGAACGGAGCUGGCGCGCAGGGAGCUUGAUAUUGACAAAACGCUGCUGCAGAUGCUGGCCAUUGAAUGUAGAGAAGGCGAAGACCGGGGCAUGAAGGCUCUGGAACUUGUGAACUUGAUGACUGACCGCAAUGGCAAAAUGAUCGAGGCAGCGGCUAAGGUCGCACAGCGCUAUGGACGCGGCGUGCUGGAAGACAAGAUCCGCGAUCUGGCCGAGCGACGAGUGAUGGGCAUGGGUGAUGAUGAUGAAUUGGCUUGA